UGUGUUUUACUCAAGUAUUCAUUAAUAAGAGUUCUAUAAUUACAUGUAUGUACAUAAGUGAGAUGAAAAAAUCCUUAACAUAUUAAUAAAUAUUAGUAGAUUUUAAUUUACUAUAUAUAUAAUAUAAUUUUUAAAUUGUGCUUUUUAUUAAAAUAAUUUUAUUAAAAUAUUUAUUAUGUUAACGGGAAUACUUAGAGGAACACUUUUAUGUUGUGACAAUGAAAAUUUUACUUGGAAUAAUGUAAUUAACAUAAACAGACAUGCUUUUAAUGAAACUACGUCUUUAUUACAUGUCGUUUAUAGAAUAAUAAUUCCUGCAAUUAUAAUUGGCGGUAUUUUUGGUAACAUUUUAAUAUUUCUGGUGUUAUCCACUCCGAUGUUUCGAGGAAUUGCAUACUUAUAUCUUCGAGGAUUAACAUCAGCACACAUUGGUGUUCUUUUAUCUUGGAUACCUAUAUUUAUUAGAUUAGGAUUCGGAAUGAAAAAUAAUUACCCAUCCGUUUUUUAUCAUGCUCAUUUGGAAUUGGUUGCUGUAAACACCUUUGCUUUAGCCAGCAUUUUAAUUAUGACCAGCGUAAUCGUCGAUCGAUAUAUCUUUAUUUUUUUCCCGACUCGUAUUCGUAGCAGGAAUGCACGCAAGAAUAUUCAUUCUUUCAUUCUAUGUUCUUUCAUUCUUGGAUUUGCGGUAUUAAAAUGA